GUUUCCGAUCACUAGCGGACGGUAUAUGAUGAUGAGGCUGUAGGCUGCUGCCUGGCUGCUGCUCUUAUAUGUGAUUGUGUUGUUGUUCGUCGUCUACGUGAUUCUGGCAGGCGCUCAUGGUCCUGAUUCCGCUGGAACUAUAUGCCCGAGCGGAAACGGCGACACCUAGCAUCAUAUUUGCAUUCUUCUCAGAGCUUGCGGAGCGGGGGUCGAGAUCUCCGGAAGAAACAGCUCGAGCGAAGGACCAGAUCUCCAACAAACUAACCUGAUGUCCAUACCUGGCGGCGGACAUGCACUCCACACUGGCAGUAGUAGAGAACAGCAUAAUGGUGGUGGGCCCGGUGUCGGAGGGCCCGGGGCUAAAAUGCAGCAGCCGUUCUCGAAACAUCAGCAACAACUGGCGGGAAGCGUUCAGUCCCUCACAGCGGCUCAUCUCCAUUCCCACAAAGAAUUAGAUCCCCGAGUCAUGAGUGGAGGUGGAGGACAUCACGGACCCCCACCGCCACCGAAAAUUGAGGCUCUUGGGAUGAUCGAUGCGUGGGCUCGCAUGCCUCCUCGAUACGCUUCACAACCAACGUCACUCGAGCCGCGAUUCAUCGGUUCAUCGCCAGCUGCCUUCUAUCAUGCCCCGGUUUCACCUUACGGCACAGCGUAUGCGGGACUCGGCAGUAAAAACCCCCAUCACGGGGGGGCUCCGUGGAGCAACGGGACGGAUGUUGCCUCCUAUUUCAGGUAUCCGCCCGGCCCACCAGGCUCAGCCGAAUUCCAUCAUCCGGAAUCCAUGUCAAUCCCUGGCAUUUUCGGGAAUGGAUAUCCCGCAGGCACUUACGGCGCGCCGAGUAACUUCGGGUACUCUCCCUUCCCGCCGACGCACACCGCAUCUGGACCUGCAGUCUCGCAAGACUAUACUGGAUGGGCGCCCACGACGGCACAUGAGCUGCUAGACCGAGGCGCGCAUCAGAAGAACCCUUACGGCGAUUAUUACAGUUAUGACCUCGUCAGUACUGCACAGCCGAACAUGAUCGCUCCGACGGGGGCUCCGCUCGACAUGGGGGGCGGCCCCAUCACGAUCAAUUGCGAUGAGAGAGUCAAGAGUCUCGGGAAUCAAAUCGAAAACCUCUCUUUGGCUCCUAUGGGGCCGAAUCUAGUAUUCGGCAACAGCGACCACGAUUUGGAACAACAGGGUCACGUAACCCAUGAAGGGCCCCUGGCGGCCGGCGUGACGAACCCGGAAAACGUGGAUCUCCCGACGAAGGUCGAGGAAGCUCUGCAUCCGGAGUAUUCGGCUGAUGUCUCUCCGAAUCGAACUGACGGGGAAUCUCCCGUCAUGGCCUCGAAGAAAGCGAUCGCGACUUCUGGAUCGACAACAGACAAGACGGAGAAUAACAACAACGACAACAAUAACAACGACAACGACAUCGAUCAGACCGACAAUGACAGCACAGUGAUCGACGUCAAGCAAGAGAAGCAUUCGUCGGCUCUGAACGCCGCGGCAAGCACGACGGAGUCUCAGACGUUGUCCAACGUGGCGACAGAUGCAGCAGAAGAUGGCUCGCAAACCGCGGCCAGUGGUAACAAGGAUCCUUCGAGUUCGAAUAUGUUGGGAAAUAGCGGACACGAAGAAAUGGCGGGAGACGAGAAGAAGGAGGCGGUCUCGACUUCGAAAGAAAGCAUGAAUUUAAGCAAUUGGAACUGGAUGGAUGAAGAAGUGAAAGAUUGGAGUGCAUCUCCUCCGCCCUCGCCUGCUGUUCUACCACUCGACAGCAAUGACGCGGUGUCGUUGAAACAAAACGAUGAUGCUGUAGAUCAUGAUGACGGGGGCGAGGAACAGACAUCGACGCAGUUGCUCCAGGAUCUAAUACGGAAAAAUAACUAUAAUCCGAGCGAACUGGAUGCGCGAAUCGAAGGGGCGCGGUUCUUCGUGAUUAAAAGCUAUUCGGAAGACGACGUUCAUCGGAGUAUCAAGUAUUCGAUAUGGUGCUCUACAGAGCAUGGGAACAAAAAGUUGGAUCAAGCUUUCCGCCAUCAGAAGAAUAAGGAAACGAAUCCCAUCUAUCUCUUUUAUUCUGUCAAUGGAUCCGGCCAUUUCUGUGGGAUGGCUCAGAUGACAUCGAGUGUCGAUUACGAUACCCUAACUGGUGUUUGGGCCCAGGACAAAUGGAAAGGAAAAUUCAACGUGAAGUGGAUUUACGUCAAGGAUAUCCCGAAUCAGGAGCUACGUCAUAUCCGCCUCGAAAAUAACGAGAACAAACCAGUGACGAACUCACGAGAUACACAAGAAGUCCCGCCGGACAAAGGUCGUCAGGUGCUCGAAAUAAUGCACAGCUACAGACAUGAAACUUCUUUGUUCGACGAUUUCGUUUAUUAUGAAGACAUGGAACACAAGAGAGAAGCCGAGAGAGAAAAUCAACAUACACGAGAUCGCGGCUCGCCCUCGCUAGGAGCCAGAAGCUCGGCGUCAACAAGUACAUUCCGAGAUCCCCCGCCGAAACGCAAGGAUCAUGUAGAUGAUGCUCGCGAAGGGCAUCCAAGCAAUGGCAAUCAUCAUCAUCAGCAUCAUCGAGAAAGUCAUCAUCAUGGAAAAGAUUAUCAUCAUCGGGGAGAUCUCAGAGAACACCCGAGAAACUCAGCUGUCAGUGGCGGCUGCAGCGGAGGAAGAUCAUUUAGCGGGUCGAACGCUGGAAGUUACAAUCAUCGCGAGAACAACAGCCGAGGGUUCGGAGGAUUUCGCGGCGAGGCCGACUCGAGGAGUAAUAAUCAUUCUGGACGAAGCUUUACGAAUUUCCGGAGAAACGCAGACAGGGAUCGGGACAACAUCGGGGGCGAAAGAACUUUCUUCUCUAGUAGAAACAACACCUCUGUGCGUAACGAUACGGCUCAUUGGAGAUCCUGAGCGACUUAAAAAAUACAGCCCAUACUAUCAUUCGUCGUUUCCGCGGCUAAUAUAGGCAAUUUGCCGUCGAAGAAGUACAUGACGAGAACGGCCCAACUUCAGAUUUCGCGAUAUCGUUGACUAAGAGUAAGUUUGGGAAUAGCGCGAAUACGAUUCAUCAUGGCUGCUCUCGAGGAAUUUAUAAAGAUGAACUGUCAACCUCAAAACAAACAAAUAUCCCCUCCGCGUGAGCCUCGAGGUUUUGGAAAUUUUUAAUGGUCGUGAUCAAUGAAAAUAUUGAAGACUUCGACGAUUUUGAUGCGAGGAUUGAUUUUGAAUACAUCCGCAGACUCAUCAAUUGACGACAGUUAGCUGAAGCGGCGUUCGAAUUUCUUAGCGAUCGGUGACGUGAGAGAACUCCGAAUUUCUUAUAAACGCAGUUCUAAGCAAAAUCUGUUUCUGAUAAAUGAGCAGAUGGGGGAAAGCUGAGCAUGGUGAAGACCCGAGGACUGAAGUGUAUGCUCAUGGUUCACCUUCGCUUCCGGAACUGGAAUACUGAACACUCGUGAUUGUACUUUAUGGCAUGGAAUGAUGUCUAGUUGGCUGUCGUAUAUUGUGAGUGAAUAAAUUCGAGCUGCAGAUG